AUGUCGGACAGUCUGAGCUCUCGCAGUUCCUCCCUUAUCACCGUGGAAGUAAUCUCACUGGUAAUUUUAAACGCUCUGUCCUUAAAAGGGAAUAUCUUGGUUUGUAUGUCCGUUUACAAGAACGUGCGAUUACUCACAACGACCAAUCUGUAUAUCAUCGCUUUGGCGGUGAGUGAUCUGCUCUCUGCUGUCUUUGUAAUGCCCAUUGGUAUUGGCGUGCUUAUAACUGGCGAAUGGAUCUUCGGCGAAUCAAUCUGCCAACUUCACGCCUUCUUCAGCCUGUUUGUCAUCUACAUUUCUCCGGUGACUAUGGGUUUAACAACAGUUAACAGAUACGUCAGGAUAUGCAAGUCAACCCAGCAAUACGACAGAUAUUUUUCAGCGAGAAAGUCACGUUUGUUGUUGGCUAUCGUUUGGUUUUCUGUUGCUUGCUACACAGUAGUCCCUCGCCUGGCUGGUCUUCAAGCGUACGAAUUUGUACCAGGGUACGCUCAGUGCUCCAUUGCUCAUCUCAGCGAGAUAGGAAAAACGAUCCAUUACAGCAUUGUCCUCAUUUGCUUUUUUUUAGCCCCGCUCAUAGCUACUCUUUUGAGCUACAAAAGGGUCGCCAAAGUGAUCCGACAACAUAACAUCGAUGCGUUAUCGUCCCUCAGUUUACACGAGAUCAAACUCAGUAAAUCUCUUUUCGCAAUUGUGUUUGCGUUCAAGAUUUGCUGGAUCCCAUUUUGGGUUAUCGUUGUUUUACGGCGCUUCCGUCUCGUUGCGAUAAUGCCACGAAACGUUGAACUACUUUGCAUGUUUUUCCUCUAUCUAUCAAACACAAUAAAUCCGUUUAUAUACGCUGGGAUGAAUCCUGUAUUUACAAGAGAGUUCCAAAAUAUCCUUUUCUGCAGACGAAAUCGGUGUAAUGUUGUCAUUUCAACUUCUGGUAGAAAAGAAACAACAACGAACUGAUGACUGAGGUUUCAGAUGCCACCUCAGCAUGUCAUGUUUCGAUUCUACUUUUCCUAAAUUUUCUCCUCCUUUGUCCUUUUCUCAAAAAACUAAACUUAGUGUUAGUUAUUUUGACGUCAAAGUGGUUCGAGAUAACAAUAUUCCAGGCAAUGUAUGAAAUGAUUUUUUUGAUAUAUAGAUAUAUGAUAUGAAUCUUAGCACGGAUGAUCAGCGAGACGAUUCACUUUUUUGAUAACACCCUGGCUCACAGUUAUAUUCAACGAAUGCUUUCCCCUGAUCAAGGUUAAGAUGUCUUCAAGGGACCCCUCCCCCCCGCUUAUAUGUGAACACUGGUUAAACGCCUGUAUACCAUCAGAAAUAAGAACACCACGAAAUACGGCGAAGUGAAUGCCGACCUAUAAGCAAGGAUAAAUGAGCUAAUCCGCAACAACCAAGAGUAGGCUGUAAGCAAUGAAACUAGAAAACAUGGAACUGGGACCAAGGGUUGAUGGAAUACUGUAAACAAAAUCACUGGCAGAGAGUCUAAGCCAUUAAAACAUCAGCUCUGUUAUCAACCCUGAGGACAUAAUCCUUUUCUUUCAAAUGAAAUAAUAUUAUAAGAUUAAGUGGCUGAAACUUUUGGGAAUUGCUUUCCAUGAAGAUCCUUGUAAUUGGACUGGUUUACUUUCUAGAGCUGCUGGUCGACUGUAUAUAUUCUUAAAGUAUGCAAGUAUUAUGGGUACACUAAGGAUCAGCUUAGUGAACUUUUCGACUCCUUGACAAUGUCAUUAUUUCUUUAAUUGUGGGGCUCUGCCUAUCAAAGGAAACUUGCAUUCAGAUCGGAUUGACAACUUGGCGAGGCUAUCGUUUUGGCUGUACAAAUAACUUGAGAUCAUUUUGAUAUCUGAUGUAAUUAAGAAUACGUAGGGACAGUGAUCUUUUCAACAGAAUCACAAGUGACACUGGUCAUGUAUAGCAUGGCUACUUGCUUCCAAAUAUACGUAAUAGGGUUCUUAGAGAAAGGGCCGGGUCAUGACUUAAUACUCCUUAGAGUGAAAACGGAACGAUUCAAUUGACGGGCUUUUGUAAAUAGGUGUCUUUUUAACGAUUUAUUUUUUAAUUUUCUAUGACAUUUGAUAGGUGUUUUAGCUUAGCUUAGUUAGUCAUUGAUUGUAAAGGCACACGUUUGUUGUGACUGGUUUCUUAAUAAAGACUUCUAUAAUCAAAGACUUCUAUAUCUUUGGGAUGUCACCAAAAAGGGUUUAUAACCAACGUUUUAUACUAAUUUGUUUAAAUCAAGCAAGCGUAAUGCAGUCGAUUCUGUCAUACAAAAUUCACGGAGAAGAAAAGUUAUUCCAUUGAAAACCACCAAUGAGGUUUUUUUUAAACAUCUCUUUGGAGAGUUCCUCCAAGCCUUAAUUUAUUGGCAUGAUGCCGUUAUCUCGAACGAGGUAAAUCUGUGCGACACUUUUUCAGACUGAACCUUGGUUCUGUUGGUAUUUGUUGAUUUUGUCUUAGAACAGGUAAUGCCUAUUGAGGUAAUUUUACUUGAGUGCUUGAUUCAUCUUGAAAUACAAUUUUUUUGGAGACUUUUAAUAUUUUGUUACAGAGACCAACUGCCACUGGUUCUCCCGUACCUAGUGACAUUACUUCCGGGGUGCAGCCCUUGAAACGUGUUAGCCGCUUCAUGAAGUCUGUCAUUAUUUUUUGUCGGCCGACCACGUAAAACAUGGUUUUAAUUCAAUUGGCCUACUUGUGUAAUAGAUCUUUGCCCUACUUAGUAAACAAUAACUAAAAGUGGCUUUACAGCAAUCAUAUUUUGCACCCGAUUGCCUUCAUAGGUGAAGUGAUGUGAACUUAAUGUUCCCAGAUACUCUCCUCUAUUUUACUGCAGUGAGUACAGUAGCAUAAAACUAUUAACGUAAGAUUUAAACUGUAGGAGUAAACUGCAACCGUUCCCAAUAACUAAAGUUCAAAGGAAUUAAAAGGUUGCGUUUACGUCACGAAGAUCGCCUGAAGCGCUUUUAUUGUCACUUAGAUUUAGAAUUAUGUUUAAUAACUCGUAUGGAGCGUUUUCACGCCGUGGACCAGCAUCUAUGCAAAUUUACCGGAACAAAAGAAAGCCGGUUUGCAUAAAAAAGAAGACUAUUUUGGAACUCCAACAUGUUGGCCGUUUUAUUGUCUUGGAAGACCAAUAUGGCCGCCGUGACGUCAUGUGAAAAUGCUUUAUUCUUUCAUCGAAGCGUUGUUUCUGCGAUCAAUUAACCACUCAGAAAAUUAGUGGUUUUUAAUUUCUUGGCCAAGCUCUUCUUAAAUGAUAACGAAUUACGAAAGUUCCGAUAAUUGACGCCUCGUGUAUUAUUUAAUUUUAAAAAUGUUAUCAUCCGUACGAAAAAAAAGUUCAUAGCAUUUGUUAAUAAGUUGCCUCUGUUUUUUAUAUUAUAAUGGUCUACAUCUUAAUUUAAAACAGCUUAUAUUACUUGCUCUAGAAAAAACCUCUCUGCCAUUCGAGUAGCUCUCUUAGAUUUAAUUCCUUUUAACUUUGCAGUAUUUGAGAGAAAGUACAUCUGAAGAACGGCCUAACAAAACUGCGUGCCAAUAGACGUUGCAGCAUAGCCAACGCGUUGAGCAUUGUAUUUCAGAACGUUCGGUUAAGACAACUUUUUAUUUGAUUUAAGAUAUGCAGGUACCGGUAAAUGAUCCGGGCAAGAAAUGCAAUCGAAAACCUCGCGGUGUUAAUUAUAGAGUAUUUUUAACGUAUCAAUAGACCUCUAAAGACUGAAAACUAUUUUAAGUACUAAAAACUAAAUAUAGGAUGUUAUUGAUUUUAGUCUACCUCGCAACCAUUUGGGCCGAGGUCACGCAACACUCCCAGACCCUCUUGAUGCAGGUGCUUUGAUCUUAAAAGAUGCAACAUAUAAAUAUAAAUUACGGUGUCGGGGUGCUACUUUGGCUCCCAUUUUCCCGGUUGGAAACUCGUCAAAGAAAGCCUAAAAUGAAAGCCUCUGUGUAACAAUGGACAGCUAUUUUUAUAGAUCUAGGAGCACUGCGCUGACAGGGAAGUAGGCGUUGACCAAUGAUGACCUCAGUCAACACUGGCUUUGCUGAAUAAUACAAGUCCAGUGUAUAUUGAACAUUUACUACAUUUAUCCUUGCAGACAUCUUUGUUAUUAUAAUGGCGGACAGUCUGAGCUCUCGCAGUUCCUUCCUUAUCACCGUGGAAGUAACCUCACUUGUAAUUUUAAACGUUCUGUCCUUAACAGGAAAUAUCUUGGUUUGUAUGUCCGUUUACAAGAACGUACGAUUACGCACAACAACCAAUCUGUAUAUCAUCGCCUUGGCUGCAAGUGAUCUCCUCUCUGCGGUCUUUGUAAUGCCUAUUGGUAUUGGCGUGCUUAUUGCUGGCGAAUGGAUCUUCGGCGAAGCAAUCUGCCAACUUCACGCCUUCUGCUGUCUGUUUGUCAUUUACACUUCUCCGGUGACUAUGGGUUUAACAGCAGUUAACAGGUACGUGAGGAUAUGCAAGUCAACCCAGCAAUACGACAGAUUUUUUUCAGCGAGAAAGUCACUUUUGUUGUUGGCUAUCGUUUGGUUUUCUGUUGCUUGCUACGCAGCAGUCCCUCGCCUGGCUGGUCUUCAAGCGUACGAAUUUGUACCAGGGUACGCUCAGUGCUCCAUUGCUCAUCUCAGCGAGAUAGGAAAAACGAUCAAUUACUGUAUUGUUCUUAUUUUCGUUUUUUUAACCCCGCUCAUAGCGACUCUUUUUAGCUACAAAAGGGUCGCGGAAGUGAUCCGUCAACACAACAUCAACGCAUCAUCGUCCAUUAGCUCACAUGAGAUUAAGAUCAGCAAAUCUCUUUUCGCAGUGGUGUUUGCAUUCAUGAUAUGCUGGAUCCCUUUUUGGAUUAUCGUUGUCUUACGGCGCUUCAAGCUCGUUGCGACGAUGCCGCGAAGUGUUGAACUCCUCUGCAUGUUUCUCUUCUACCUGUCCAACGCAAUAAAUCCCUUUAUUUACGCCGGGAUGAACCCUGUGUUCAGAAAAGAAUUUCGAAAUCUCCUCUGCUGCAGGCGAGAUCGUGAAUUUGCCGUUUCAUUUUCCAGUAGAAAAGAGAUGUCAACUGAUGAGGUUUAG